AUGACGAAGCAACAGCUUAAAAACUCGGGAAAACUGAUAAAGAAGACUUGUAUGCCCAAAAAUGAUGUCACAGAAGAUCAAGUUGGCGAGAUAGAUAAGGGUAAAUUUAUUGAAGAUAGAAAUGUGAUGUGCUACAUCGCAUGUGUGUAUUCAAUGGGACAAGCGGUGAAGAAUAAUAAGAUAAUUUUCGACGCUAUGAUAAAACAAGUAGACAUGAUGUUCCCCGCUGAUAUGAAAGAACCAUACAAAGCAGCUAUAGAAAAGUGCAAGGGAGUUGCUAAGAACUACAAAGACAUUUGUGAAGCAUCUUACUGGACUGCGAAGUGCAUAUAUGAAGCUGAUCCCGACAACUUUUUCUUCCAGACCAGUCUUCGUUGUUCUGCAAAGAAAGGAUUUAUUGUUAUGGGUUAUCGAAUAUAUUUAUUAAUUCUUAUAUCUAUUUUAACACGUGGAGUACACACUAUGACUAGACAACAGUUAAAGAAUUCGGCAAAGAUGUUGAAGAAAACUUGCAUGGCGAAGAAUGACGUCACCGAAGAUUUAAUCGGCGAUAUACAGAAAGGGCAGUUUAUUGAGGAAAGGAACGUGAUGUGUUAUAUAGCUUGCAUUUAUCAAAUGUCGCAAAUUGUAAAAAAUAAUAAGUUGAGCUACGAGGCUUCAUUAAAGCAAGUGGACAUGAUGUACCCGCCUGAACUGAAGACCUCAGUUAAAGCCUCCAUUGAAAACUGUAAAGAUAUAUCCAAGAAAUAUGCAGAUAUAUGUGAAGCAUCUUAUUGGACCGCUAAAUGCUUGUACGAGGACAAUCCAAAAGAUUUUAUAUUUGCAUAA